UUUUCGCCUCGCCGCUAGGGGUCGUUUUGCGUGCCGCCGAAUGUGAGUGCGUCACUUCCGUUAAGACAGAGCUAAGCCAGGCGAUGACUGUACAGGUUUAAAUGCUCGCGCGAACUCAUUCACUUUGGGUUUAGAUCACACAGAGAAGACCAGAGUGUGUGAAAUCAGUAACAAGUCAAUAUUAGACACUGCAGAAGACAAGGACGCGAUGUCAGCCGAGAGGCCUCUCCAGGAGUUGCCCUGUCUGAAUGAGAAUCUCGAUGGCUCCUUGCUGUGCAUGUCGCAGUCCAAAGUGAAGAAAAGGCCGUGCGCAUAUGGAGACGGACUGCAGGCUGAAAACACUCCUCACGAGCUUAUCCAACACUGGUCUCCUCCCCGUAAACAGCCACGGCCCUGUGCCAAGGGCAAAGAGAACGGCUUUGUUCUAGCCAGACGUCCCAGAAGGAGCAGAGACACGACAGGUGUUCGGUGUUGGGACUCCCUCCCAGAUGAGCUGCUGUUGGGGAUUUUCUCUUGUCUCUCGCUGCAAGACCUUCUCAGGACGUCUCGAGUCUGCAAGCGCUGGCAUCGACUGGCGUUUGAUGAGUCAUUGUGGCACAGCGCUGACCUGGUGGGAAAAGCACAGCUGAACGGCGAGCUGGGUCAGGUGCUCACAGCAGGAGUGUCGCGGCUGCGCUGUCCACAUUCCUGCAUAGGCAAACCCCAUUUUAAGAACACACAACUUCUGCGUGUCCAGCAUUUGGACCUGUCCAGCUGCACUGUGCAGGCGCCUGUGCUGGAGGACAUCCUGUCACGCUGCAGACGGCUGCAGAACCUCAGCUUGGAGGGACUCGUGCUCUCUGACUCCAUCCUCCGAUCUCUGAGCGAGAACACAGAGCUGGUGCGGCUGAACCUGUGCGGUUGUAGCGGUUUCUCUGCUGACUCUCUGACUGAAAUGCUUCAAUCCUGCACCAAGCUUGAGGAACUGAACGUGUCAUGGUGUGACUUCAGCAGUGAGCACGUUCAGGCAGUCGUUAACAACGUCCCCUCCACCAUCACUCAGCUCAACAUCAGUGGCUACAGACAAAACCUUACCAUGGACAACGUGAAGGUGCUGGUGGAAAGAUGUCCGAAUCUCACACACUUGGAUUUGAGUGACAGCGUCCUCGUGACCACAGACAGUUUCCCCUUCCUGCAGCAGCUUUCGUCACUGAGCCAUUUAGCGCUGAGUCGCUGUUACCAGAUUCACCCAGCUGCCCUCAUAGAGUUUGAGAAGUUUGUGACUCUGCAGACCCUGGAGGUGUUCGGUCUAAUACAGGACAGCUCACUGCCCAUUCUGACUAAAGGGUUGCCACGGGUACAGAUCAACAACCAGCCGUUCUCCGGUGUGGCUCGUCCCACCACGGCCGCACGAAAAGACCGUACACUGUGGGGAAUGCACUGUCGACUGGUGUAUAAACCCUAACCGGUGCUCCAGCAGGGUUUGACUUUAGGAAUGAAACAAGAGGUGACUCUCUCUUUUUUUUAGGAUGUUUUUAAAAUGCCGAAUAGGUUUGAGUUCAUGGGGUAACCUUUUGAAGUCACUGUUGUCAUGGUGAUAUCAACUAGCAUGUGGUAUAAAUCACAUCUCACUUGUAAGAAGCUGAAUCCUGAAGUUGUCGGCAUACAUAUUAAUGCCGUAUCGACUUAGCGCGUGUGGGUGUGAACACUUGCACUUUCGAAUGGUUUACAGCUUGGUUCUAUGAGCAUGUGAAUUUACUUCACAUGCUUUUUGUUACCACUAGUGAUAAGUGCAGCUUCAGCAGGGUACAGAACCACCUCCUGAAAUGUUGGUUUUUAAGUAAGUGUUAAGUAAAAUAAGUCCAAACUCUUUUAUAAUUUUAGACCUUAUCAAAGCAUCAUCCAAACUGUGAAUGACUUCUAGUGCUUUAAAGUGUUAUGAUAAUGGUUUGUUUUGAAAGUUCAAUAGUUUUAAAGUCGAUUUAUCAUGUUACGUUUUUGUUCUGAUCCUCAUUUUUUAAUCAGUAAGUGAAUUAUAGGGAUGCACCUAUACAAUACGGAAAUCUGACCCAGACUUAAAGGUACUGCUGGGCUUCUGAGUUGUACAGUGGUCUAAAGUUUGUGCCCCAUGUACAGUAGGAGACUGAGGGUUUGAACCCUGACAAUGAUGUGUGCAUGCAAUGAAACAGAUUUCUUUUUCUUUAAAAAAAAAAAGAGAGAAAAUUCAAUAAAUCUUCUGCCAUUGUUCUUUCAGUGAAUGUUUAUACCACAGUGCUGUUGAAUUUUUAAUUCUGAUUGGUUAGAAUGUUUAAAUAUUUUAUAACACGCUAUGAUUACCAGAGCUGAUUGUAGCUCCUAUGUUUGAAAUGCCACAUAAAUGGACUAAAAACAUGCGUGUUGAUACAGUGAAGUUCUGAGUAUCCAACAAGACAAGUUGCUUUUUUUUUCGUCUUAUUUAAAAAUAACAAGGAGAGAGAUGCUGCUGAGAAAACAAAUGCUUAAAGCUGCUAUAGCUAACUUGUUUUGUGGAUAAAACAAAUUGGCUUAGAUUUUGGUGAUAAAAGAGGAAUAAAACAUUUUCUGCUGUUACUAGAAAAUAAACACCAGGAUGGUAAAUGUAA